GCUAUGAGAGUCGGGGGAAUGACGUAGUGGGAGCGGCAGCUGGUUCAGUCGACAGGACCCCAGCGUAUGUGUGCACAGUUGCUUACAGCAGCGGAGUAAGGCUGCGCUGCUGCGCACAUAUGACAAAGCAAACCCACUUUGCGAGACCCGAGUCCGUGUUACUGAGCACACAGUUCAGCACAACACAGAGAAUAUUUUGUGCCUGUUAACAUGAGCGAGUCAGACACUCCGGGUCAGACGCGUCCCCCUCGAUCAACAAGAAUGUAAAAUCCUAGUCAGUCUGGCGAGUUAGCGUGUUGUCUCUCUGGUGGGAGUUCGGCAAGAGGGGAAGGUGCGAGUUUCGGGGAGAAUAACUGGAGUUUUUUUAAGAACUGGAGAUUGAAAAAAGUGUUUAAAUUUGACAUCCUGGGCUUGCUGCGCGCUGGUGUGGGCGCCUUCGGGGCGGGGGGAGAAGAUGGCCGGGAAUUGCAACAAUAUAACAACGGGAACGGGUGAAAUUAUCCAACUAAAUGUCGGUGGUACGAGGUUCAGCACCUCUAGACAGACUCUGAUGUGGAUUCCAGACUCUUUCUUCUCAAGUUUGCUGAGUGGCAGGAUAUCAACACUGCGGGACGAAACUGGAGCUAUAUUCAUUGACAGGGACCCGACUGCAUUCGCACCGAUUUUGAAUUUCCUCCGAACCAAAGAACUAGACCUACGGGGGGUGAACAUCAACAUUCUGCGACAUGAAGCCGAGUUUUACGGGAUAACGCCUUUAGUUCGGCGGUUGCUGCUUUGUGAGGAACUGGAACGGUCGUCAUGCGGCAGUGUGCUCUUCCACGGUUACCUUCCUCCCCCAGCCAUCCCAGCCCGGAAGGACAGCGUAGCCCCGGCAACAGCUGCCCCCAUCCAGGAGGAGCGACCGGGGCCCAGCGGGGCAGAAGGAGGACUCCCCAGAACCGGCCCCCAUGCCUCCAUCCCUGGGCCCCCUGGUGCAGAGGACCCCCAAAGACUGGGCUCACCUGUAGACCCCAGGAAGGUGCUUAUAGUCGCUGGACAUCACAACUGGAUAGUUGCAGCAUAUGCACAUUUUGUCAUCUGUUAUAGGAUUAAGGAAUCCUCAGGCUGGCAGCAGGUGUUCUCCAGCCCCUACCUGGACUGGGCAAUCGAGCGCGUGGCGCUCAAUGCUAAAGUGGUGGGUGGCCCCCACGGAGACAAGGACAAAAUGGUUGCCGCGGCGUCGGAGAGCAGCAUCAUCCUGUGGAGCAUCCAGGACGGAGGCAGUGGCAAUGAGAUAGGUGUGUUCAGUCUGGGUGUGCCGGUGGACUCUCUGUUCUUCAUUGGGAGCCAGCUGGUGGCCACCAGUCACACGGGGAAGGUGGGGGUGUGGAAUGCUGUCACACAGCACUGGCAGGUGCAGGACGUGGUCCCCAUCACCAGCUGUGACACGGCCGGCUCCUUCCUGCUCCUCGGCUGCAGCAACGGCUCUAUCUACUACAUCGACAUGCAGAAGUUCCCCCUGAGGAUGAAGGACAAUGACCUCCUGGUGACGGAGCUGUACCACGACCCUUCCAACGACGCCAUCACCGCCCUGAGUGUUUACCUCACUCCCAAGACCAGUGUGAGCGGGAACUGGAUCGAGAUCGCCUACGGGACGAGCUCGGGGGCGGUGAGGGUCAUCGUUCAGCACCCCGAGACUGUAGGGUCGGGGCCCCAGCUGUUCCAGACCUUCACUGUACACCGCAGUCCUGUCACCAAGAUCAUGCUCUCAGAGAAGCACCUGGUCUCAGUGUGUGCGGACAACAACCACGUAAGGACAUGGACCGUAACUCGAUUCAGGGGCAUGAUCUCCACCCAGCCCGGCUCCACCCCCCUCGCCUCCUUCAAGAUCCUGUCCCUGGAGGAGGCGGAGAGCCACAGCAGCUACUGCUCCGGAAACGACAUCGGUCCUUUUGGAGAGAGAGAUGAUCAGCAGGUGUUCAUUCAGAAAGUCAUCCCUAUAACCAACAAGGUCUUCGUGCGCCUCUCUUCAACUGGCAAAAGAAUCUGCGAGGUGCAGGCGGUGGACGGCACCACCAUCACCUGCUUCACGGUACGGGAGUGCGAGGGCUCCAGCCGCAUGGGGUCCCGGCCGCGUCGCUACCUCUUCACGGGACACGGCAACGGAAGCAUCCAGAUGUGGGACCUCACCACCGCCAUGGACCUGGCCAACAAGACCGAGGACAAGGCCAAGCGGGAUCCCGAGGUGGGCGGUCCGACGGAAGAGGAGCUGCUGAAGCUGCUGGACCAGUGUGACCUGAGCACCUCCCGCUGCCCCACCCCCAACAUUAGCCCCGCCCCCUCAGUCCUGCAGCACAGCCGUCUGAGGGAGUCCUGCUCCAGCCUGCAGCUCCACGCCCACGACCCCAUCCCGGAGACGGCCACCUACGGGGCGCUGCGGCCGUACAGAGAGAGCCCGCUGCUGGCCCGCGCCCGCCGCACCGAGAGCUUCCACAGCUACCGAGACUUCCAGAGCCUGGGGCUGGGCAGGGGCCUGCUGGAGGUGAACGGGCAGGCGGUGGGGUCCGUGGGGGAGGCCAGGCGCUCGCUGGGGGAGGCCCCGUCGGAGGCGGGGGAAAAGAGGGCCGAGGGCCCCCCGGAGCCGCCCCGACCGGCCCCCGACAGCCCCGGCGACACCCGCAGGAGGGGCCCAGCCGAGGAGGAGGGGCCGGACACCAGGCCCGAGGGGAAGAGGAGGGGCACCUUUGAUGGGGGCUUCCUCGGCAGGAAGAGGGUGCCGCCCGUGCCCCAGCUGGCCUCCCCGCCCUCCAGCGCCGACACGGUCGGGAGCGACUCCUCGAGCACCGCCUCGCCCUCACCCACCAAGGUGUCUACCUCGCCCCGCCACAGGAAGGGUAUGGAGCCACCGGGCCAGGACUACGGCCUCUAACCCUCCCGACGUACCUGUCACCUCACGCCUGUUAACACACUAUUGUCCGUUCCAAAUCCUAACACACUACGCAAUCCAAACUGCUGCAGUGGUGUUUACGUUCCUGGUCGGUUGGCGAGACCCAACAUGGUGGACCACUUGCGCCUAACAGACAACCGUAAGCUGACACAUCCUAGUACCAGGCUGCAAGCUAAGUUAUGCUUGUCAAAUUCCAGCAACAAGCGCAGCAGCUGACCGCGGUCUCCCUCCGAGUACUAAAAUUGUUCGCAUUGGCUGGAAUCUGUUGUGCUGUGAUAUGGGACAGGUGCUGUGCAAAGGUUUGUACUCUGGUUUAAUAAUCCCUCUUCAGUAUGCAUUAACCUGUAUCCAGUGGUAAGUUUUUAGUGUCGCUGGUAGCUGCCCAUAUUUAACCAUAUAGAAACACUACCUCCUGGUGGAGAAACAGGUGAACUGCCUGCCCUCAUACCUUGACAAACAUAAGAUUGUAGACACACACCUGUUAAUUCAGCAUUCAGAGAGGAUCCAUAACUGCACAAAUAUCCAUAUCAUUGAUCAGAAGGUCCUCAUGCUGUACUUAUGUCUGGUGUCUCAGCAGGUUCA